AAAUUAACAAAAUAACGGAAUGUUGCAAUUUAACUCAAGAAUUAAUUAUAGCAUUUUAUUUUGAAAACUAAAUCAGAACGGAUAUCUGCUUGUUUUUUCGGUUGACUUGACGAUUUACAGCUACUGCGGUGCCAGGUGGCUAGUGGCUACAUCGACCUUGGUGGCUAGCUAAGAAUGGCUGGGAAUGCGUUGAGGUCAGCGGUGCCGCGGGUGGCAGCCGCCUUAAAGAAGGACACCAGAAUGUUCUCCAGUGGGAUGCAAACUGUUACUUUAAUACCCGGUGACGGAAUUGGACCAGAGAUCUCCACCGCUGUCAUGAAGAUAUUUGAAGCAGCAAAGGUACCUAUUCAGUGGGAGGAAAGAAACAUUACAGCCAUCAAAGGACCUGGAGGGAAGUGGGUGAUUCCUUCAGAUGCCAAAGAAUCAAUGGACAGAAACAAAAUGGGCCUAAAAGGUCCUUUGAAGACGCCAAUCGCUGCAGGUCAUCCCUCCAUGAACCUCCUGCUGAGGAAAACCUUUGACCUCUACGCCAAUGUGCGCCCUUGUGUUUCUAUGGAGGGCUACAAGACGCCCUACGCGGACGUCAACUUAGUCACCAUCAGGGAGAACACAGAGGGAGAGUACAGUGGGAUUGAACAUGUGAUUGUUGAGGGUGUGGUGCAGAGCAUUAAGCUCAUUACGGAGCGAGCAAGCCAACGCAUUGCAGAGUAUGCCUUUGAAUAUGCCAGAAACAACAAGAGGGCCAGUGUCACGGCUGUCCAUAAGGCCAACAUUAUGCGCAUGUCAGAUGGGCUCUUCCUUCGAACGUGCAGAGAGGCUGCCGAAAAGCACAAAGAUAUUAAAUUCACCGAGAUGUACUUGGAUACCGUUUGCCUCAAUAUGGUGCAGGACCCUUCACAGUUUGAUGUUCUGGUGAUGCCUAAUUUGUACGGAGACAUCCUGAGCGAUCUUUGUGCUGGGCUUAUUGGAGGACUUGGAGUGACCCCCAGUGGAAACAUCGGCACCAAUGGUGUUGCCAUUUUUGAGUCUGUUCACGGAACUGCCCCGGAUAUAGCAGGAAAGGACUUGGCCAACCCCACCGCCUUGCUGCUCAGUGCGGUCAUGAUGCUGCGCCACAUGGGCCUGCACGACCACGCCAGGAGGAUCGAAACUGCCUGCUUUAACACCAUUCGAGACAAAAAGGUUUUAACCGGAGACCUCGGAGGAUCUUCAAAAUGCUCAGAAUUCACAGAAGCAAUAUGUCAACAAGUGGGAGAUAUCGAGUAGAAGGGUCUGAUCGUUUAUUUUUUUUGAGCACAUGCGCAUGAACCAAAACAUAUAUUUAAAUGGUCUUAGGAUUUGUGUUUCUGAAUGUCUGCUUUUUUAUUUGCACUUUAUAUUUUCUAUAAACCCCCUGUUACUUUUUAUGUGUUACGCUUUUUAUUCUGCUUUUAAGGAGCACUGAAUGCGGACCAUUUUAUAGUGAUAUUGGUCUUACUGUCUAUUCCUGUAUUGACAACAAUAGUUUAUAUUUUACUAUGUAUUGUAUAACUAUAGUUCCAUUAAAGCCGUGAAUCAAAUUAUGUCAAGAAAUUAGGGGCUUUUUUUGAGAUUUUCUGCUUCGAGUGUACAUUAUUACAACAUGAAUAGUACAUCACAUCAGAAAUGUCUUCAAAUUGUAUCGUGUUGUUUACCUGUUUCCAGUUACAGGUUUGUGGGGAUUUAUCACUCUUUAAAGUUGUAUAUUUUUUGUUCCUUUUUGACCUUUGGUCUUACACCAAUUCCAUGUACAGUCUGUGCACAAGAAUAAAGAGGUAUGUUGAGGUGGAAA